ACAGACACAAAAUCAGCCUACCUUCGGUAACCAGCCGAAUUCGGCAGGACACCAGGCCAGCAGUAGAUGGGAACAUUCGAUGCUCCGUCACCCUGAACACAAUAUCCUGUCCGAUGGUGCUGCUGGAAUCGGUGGGUUUGUCGCACGGGCAGGUGGGCAGAUGCCUCAGCACUCUGGUACGCCUCAAGCCCACUCCGGCAAUGACGGUGUGCGCACGAGCUCAGCGCUUGGGUCGAGCACGCCCCUCUCCGCGUCCAAAACGCCCGCUACUCUCCCAAAUCCAGCGCCUGUUACUCUCCCAAACCCAGCGCCCCGCUACUCUCUCAAACCCAGCGCCCGCUUCGGCACCCCAGACCAAACCGCCAACGCCAGCGCCCCAGACCAAACAAACGACUUUCCAGUCGAACUUGACAUCCGGCAAUGCAGAGCUCCGUUCAACCACACCCGCACCCGCGCUUCCACCCAAGACCCCCACACCUGCACCUCCCUCCAGGACCCGCACACCAAUACCCCCAUCCAAGACUUCUACAUCCAGACCAAGAUCGAGGUGUACAAGCCCAGGUCUUACAUCCACUUCCGUCCGCAAUACCGAUUACGACCCUGCGAAUCCAAUUCGUCCCAUGCCAGGCCUCAAAUCUCCAUCUACCGAACCAGACCCAAUCUUUCCAGGUGAAGGGGCGCGUGAUGAAUCUGCCAUUGGGGAGUUUAAUCUUUUAGAUACCGGCGAUGUUUAUGACGAUCCGCCACCGCCAUUUAAAGAAUUCGAGUCGCCUGUGAAUCCACGUGCGGCGAAUUUUGGUGCAGGCGUUGAUGAUAGGAAGGAGUCAGGCGAACAGGUCGCGGAGGGUUCGAGAAGUGAGGGUGCCAAGGGCGUUGCGAAAGAAAAAGGGCUAGAGGAGGUCGCCACAGGAGAAGGGGCAGUUAUAAACCAAAAUGUCGCGGAUGAUGUGGGUGGACAAGAGGCAGAUGAGGGUACUAACGAGAACACUGAGACUUCUCAAAACGCUGGGGAUCAUAACCAAGACACGGGCAAGAAUACCCCAGAACGAACUCGGGAAAAAGUGGAAAAUGGCCCAGAGCAAGGCACAAAUAAACAAGACGGGAAGGGUAAUCAGGCAAGUAUUCAAGGAGCGGGUAGAGGUAGCCAAGUCAUAGGCGAGGAUAGCAAAUUUGCAAGCGGGGAUGCCCACGAAGCAGGCGGGAAUACUGAAGACGCAGACCCUUCGCUCAAACCAGAGCCAACACCUCUUACCCCAGAACAAAGCGAGGCUGAAGCCAACCGCGUUGCCUUCCUCCUUAAACAAGUGACCCGACUUGAGGCAUCACGGACUAAACUCAAAUCUUCCGAUGUACAGGGUCUGUCCGAAAUUCAGGCCCGUCUGGAUCUCAUCCAAGGGAGGAUCACAAGAACCAAUUUCGCUGACGCACCAAAAGAUCCGUCACCCGCUCCCGAAGUCUCCGCCCCGCCCGGGAAACCUUCUGGUGUCAUCGAAGAACUGGCGAAUAUGAUCGUCAACCUGCUUAUCGACCGGGAGGACGCUGGUCUGAUUGAAGUGAACGUGUCUUUUCCUUCGAAGAGCAGGCAAAAAACUUUGGGUGGGCCGUUGAGGGAGUAUGUUGCCGACAACAAAUUCUCCCUCCGUUCUGAUCCUACCGAUGGGCAUUUUGUGUUUGUGAUAACCGUGUAAAGGAGAUUGUACGACAUACGAUACCCCCGACAACGAUACCCGCCCUCUUCGGUGAAGUUACUUGAAUCUUGAUGCACUCUCAAUGAUAGCGAUGGCGAUGACGGCAAAGUAAUUAUAUUUGUUGUAUAACGCAUGUAAUACGGUACUCUAUCUAAGUUAUUAUGAUAAGCAUCAUUGAUUUACUAUCGGUUGAUGCUGUUGGCAUUGGAUCAAA